AUGGCUCAGCCCGCCAUGAAUUUUGUCACCUUCAACCAGGACUACACCGCCCUUGGUGUCGCCACCAAGAAGGGCAUCCGCCUGUACGACACCGAGCCGUUCUCCAAAUCCUUUGAGGGCGAAGAGGGCGAUGUGUCGAUCAUGGAGAUGCUGUUCUCCACCUCGCUGGUUGCUCUGAUCCAGUCGCCGCGUCUCCUGCGCAUCCGCAACACUAAGAGGCAUUCGACCAUCUGCGAGCUCACCUUUCCCACCAGAGUCCUCGCCGUCCGUCUGAAUCGCAAGCGCCUGGUCGUCGUGCUGGAGGACCAAAUAUACCUGUAUGACAUCAGCAACAUGAAAAUGCUGUACACGAUUGAGACUUCGCCCAAUCCGCAUGGAAUCAUCGCCUUGUCCCCGUCUUCCGAGCGCAACCAUCUCGUCUAUCCUCUCCCCAAGAAAGACGCCCCCAGUUUCUCGUCCGCUCCCCAUGCGCCACCCACCGGGCCCCACGUUGCGCCCCGGACUGGCGAGCUGCUCAUAUUCGAUGCCACCAGGAUGGAGGCCGUCAAUGUCAUAGAAGCGCAUCAGGCUCCGUUGUCGUGUAUUGCGCUCAACAACGAAGGGACUUUGUUGGCCACAGCCUCGGAGAAGGGCACCAUUAUCCGUGUCUUCUCCGUACCAGACGCCAAGAAGCUCUUCCAGUUCCGUAGAGGCUCGAUACCUGCCAAGAUUCUCAGCAUGGCCUUCAACUCCACUUCAACCUUGCUCUGCGUCUCCUCCGCAACAGACACGGUCCACAUUUUCCGACUCUCACCACAAGGCGAGUCCCGCGCCAAAGAUGGAUCGCCUUCUGGCCGGAGACCGUCUGCCAGUGGAUCCCGCGAUCGUAGCCAGAGCCCCAGCAGCGAGGACACGCCCGAUAACGGAGACGAGUCUGGCCCUGCCCUUCCCGAGAGAAAGCAAAAUAACCCGGGCCUUGCUAGUAUGCUCCGACGCACUUCGCAGAACGUUGGUAUGGGGUUUGCGCAGAAGCUGGGAGGCUAUCUGCCCAGCGCCGUUGCCGAAAUAUGGGAGCCCGCCAGGGAUUUUGCGUGGGUGAAGAUACCGAAAAGAAACGUCGACGGACCGCCCAUGCACCCUAGCAACGUCGUUGCCAUGAGCAAUAACGGCCCUCAAGUCAUGGUUGUGACAAACGACGGCAGCUUCUUCGUCUUCAACAUCGACCUGGAGAACGGAGGUGAAGGGACUCUCAUGAAGCAAUACUCGGUCCUCGAGCCGCACGAUAGGUUAGGCGGGCCAUCCUCUGAAGACCUCAACUUAUGA